AUGGCCAACGAAGUAACGACCGAUGCCUUAAACAAGAUCGCCGCCAUGUACUCUGGACUUCUUGAAUGGGUCAAGCAACCGGUAGACCAGACGCGCAACGCCAGAGCGAACACAAAGGUCAACGCCAUCAUGUACGAAGAAGAGCCCAAAUCCUCGAUUUAUACAUUCCGCCAAGACUACCAAAAGAUCAACAUCAAGCGCGUAUUUGACAGCAAAGUCGUCGGCGAAUUCGAAUGCAGCAGACUUGGGUGUACCAACCGCUCCUGGGAAAGCAACAGCAUUGCGAUCCGUAUCCGGGAGUACGAGGGAAAUCAGUACAAUGUCAAGGUGUACCACCAGCAAUGCAAGAGAUGCAAUCGAUACACCCGCCCAGAGAUCGAAAUACUUUCCUACGUUGACAGAGUCUCCUUUCGCAUCAAGAAAUGGAACGGUAUCAACGCGAAGCCGAUCCCCAUCGAUGUGGUGCACAAGAGACCUCACAUGGAGAGACUGUGUGAAGGAUGCAAGAAGGGACAUUGCAGCAAGAAGAAGUAG